UAUUUCCAACCCCCAUCAUGUCUGAAAAGCGCGACGUCCACCAUCCGCUCCUCUUCGAAUGCGCCUGGGAAGUCGCCAACAAAGUCGGCGGUAUCUACACUGUCAUCAAGACCAAGGUUCCCGUAACAGUGUCAGAAUAUGGUGAUAGGUACUGCCUUAUUGGCCCCCUCAGCUACAAGACAGCGCCGAUGGAGGUCGAGCAACAAGAGCCUCAGGACGAGCAUCUCGCUGCGACUCUCGACCUCAUGCGGUCCCAGGGUGUCAAGAUUCUCUACGGGCGAUGGCUUAUCGAGGGCGCGCCUAGAGUCCUGCUCUUCGACACCGGGAGCCAGUACAGCAGGCUUGACGAGUGGAAAGGCGACCUGUGGAAUCUUGCCGGGAUACCCUCGCCUCCCAAUGAUCACGAGACGAAUGAAACCAUUGUCUUCGGGUACCUGGUCGCCUGGUUCCUUGGCGAGUACGUUUCAAGACAACUCACAACAGCCGUCGUAGCACACUUCCACGAAUGGCAGGCAGGCCUCGCUAUCCCGCUCUGUCGCAAGCGUCAUAUUGACGUCACCACCAUUUUCACCACUCAUGCGACGCUGCUCGGGAGGUAUCUCUGUGCUGGUUCCGUCGACUUUUACAAUAACCUGCAGUACUUUGACGUCGACCAUGAGGCGGGCAAACGCGGAAUCUACCAUCGCUACUGCAUCGAGCGCAGCGCAGCGCAUUGUGCUGAUGUCUUCACGACGGUAUCGCAUAUCACCGCGUACGAAGCGGAGCAUCUACUCAAGCGCAAGCCGGAUGGUGUCGUCCCCAAUGGUCUCAACGUUAAAAAGUUCCAGGCCAUGCACGAGUUCCAGAACCUGCAUUCAACGUCCAAGGCAAAGAUUAACGAGUUUGUCAGGGGGCAUUUUUACGGGCAUUAUGAUUUUGAUCUGGAUAAUACAUUAUACAUGUUUACUGCGGGGCGAUAUGAAUAUCGAAACAAGGGCGUGGAUAUGUUCAUUGAGUCGCUUGCUCGACUUAACUACCGUCUUCAAAAGGCGGGAUCCACUGUAACGGUCGUCGCCUUUAUCAUCAUGCCCGCCGCGACCAACUCGUAUACCGUUGAAGCCCUAAAAGGUCAAGCUGUGACGAAGCAGCUGCGAGACACCGUAACGGAGAUCCAAAAUCGGAUUGGUGCGCGGCUCUUCGACCAUGCGGCGAGGUCUCAUGGAGAAAUCAAGGCAAUACCAACCCCCGAAGAACUCUUGUCUGCCGAAGACAUCGUCCUUCUCAAGCGGCGCAUAUUCGCGCUCAAACGCAACUCUCUUCCGCCUAUAACGACACACAACAUGGCCGAUGAUGCGAGCGAUCCUAUUCUCAACCAAAUCCGGAGGGUGAAACUUUUUAACCAUGCCCAUGAUCGUGUCAAGAUCGUUUUUCAUCCCGACUUUUUGAACUCGAAUAAUCCGAUUCUGGGCUUGGACUACGAGGAGUUCGUGAGGGGAUGUCAUCUAGGCGUGUUUCCGAGUUAUUAUGAGCCAUGGGGAUAUACUCCGGCGGAGUGUACAGUGAUGGGCAUUCCGAGCGUGACCACUAACCUCUCCGGCUUUGGGUGUUUCAUGCAGGAUCUCAUCGAGCGACCUGAGGACGAAGGCUGCUACAUCGUUGACCGGAGGAUGCAAAGCGUUGAAGACUCUGUGAACCAACUAACGGAUCAUAUGUUCACCUUUUGCAACAAGACGCGUCGGCAGCGAAUCAAUCAACGCAACCGCGUAGAGCGUCUCAGUCCGUUGUUGGAUUGGAAGAAUCUAGGGAUCGAGUAUAGCAAGAGCCGGCAGCUAGGAUUGAGGCGGGCAUACCCUGAUGCGUUUUAUGGUGAGGGAGGAGAGUUUGAGGAGGACGAGGAUUACUUUGCUGGUGGGGUCGGAAGGAUGCCGCCUUUGAGUGUUCCUGCCAGUCCGAGGUUGAGGGGUACUGCAACGCCUGGUGAUAUUGGGACGUUGACGGAGGAGAUGCAGAGGUUGCAGACGAGCGAUUACCGGGGCCAGGCAUGGCCCGGAGGAGUCGACGAGGAUGAUUCGUAUCCAUUCCCCUUGGUGAUGAAGGUGAGAUCGAGAAGCGGGAGCGUCAUGAGUGGCGCAAGCACACCUGGUGGGAGCACGUUUCGAAGUUUGAGCGAGGGUGAUUUGAAGAAAGCGGAUGCGGCGCUGAACCAAGUCAAUAUGAAUGGCAUCCAUUAAUGAUUAGAGACGUGUAAGGGGUUUGCUGUACACAACAUGGUAUAUAUACUCCGGAAAUUCAUCAAAAAGUACAUACUGUCAACAUUUUUUCAUACCUACUGUUCAUUUACCUUUGCUUUGUUGCAUAUUUAUAUAUGGUUAUUCGCAGCCAUACUACAAGCAAUUAUUACUGUGUUACUUCACUUCAGCAAAC